AUGAGCGGAAGCGGCGACCAAGAGCGCGAACACGCCCUCGAAGCUUACAAGUCCAAGCUGCUUGAGUCGAGAGAAUGGGAGGCCAAGCUCAAGGCGCUGCGACUGGACAUCAAAGGCCUCCAGCACGACUUUGACGUAUCAGAGGACAACAUCAAGGCGCUGCAGAGCGUCGGCCAGAUAAUAGGAGAGGUACUGAAGCAGCUGGACGAGGAACGAUUCAUUGUCAAGGCAUCCUCGGGGCCCCGUUACGUCGUGGGAUGCCGGUCAAAGGUCGACAAGGCCAAGCUCAAGCAAGGCACACUCGAUCCGCUCGUCUACAACAUGUCGCUCGAAGACCCGGGGCAGGUUAGCUUUGGCGGUAUUGGUGGUCUCAACGAGCAGAUCAGAGAACUACGUGAGGUGAUUGAACUGCCGCUGAAGAAUCCAGAGCUCUUCCUGCGAGUAGGCAUCAAACCACCAAAGGGAGUGUUGCUCUACGGACCGCCGGGCACUGGUAAGACACUAUUGGCACGCGCUGUGGCGAGCAGUCUUGAGACCAACUUCCUCAAGGUGGUCAGUUCGGCCAUCGUCGACAAGUACAUUGGAGAGUCGGCGCGACUAAUCCGCGAGAUGUUUGGUUACGCAAAGGAGCAUGAGCCCUGCAUCAUCUUCAUGGACGAAAUCGACGCUAUUGGUGGACGACGCUUCUCUGAGGGGACUUCGGCAGAUCGUGAAAUUCAGCGGACUCUCAUGGAGCUGCUAAACCAGCUCGACGGCUUCGACUACCUAGGACAGACCAAGAUCAUCAUGGCCACAAACCGACCAGACACGCUCGACCCUGCUCUUCUCCGCGCCGGACGUCUUGACCGUAAGCUCGAGAUUCCCUACCCAAUGAACGUAGUGACAGAUGGGGAGAUUGACUUUGAGAGCAUUGUGAAGAUGAGCGAUGGCAUGAACGGUGCCGAUCUACGUAACGUUGUCACAGAAGCUGGUCUCUUCGCCAUCAAAGACUACCGAGACUCGAUCAACCAGGACGACUUCAACAAGGCAGUACGGAAGAUGGCUGAGUCAAAGAAGCUGGAGGGCAAGUUGGACUACCAGAAGCUGUAG